AUGUAGCGCGAAGGUUGUACGCGCGGCUUGUGUGUGUGCGUGUUCUCGUUGGAAAUUUCGGAGUAUCUCGUGAUUUGCAACGGACAUUGAAUCGGAUCGACUCAUCCCUGUCUCGCGGAUGUUGUGCACGCAAUCUCAUAGAGCUGGGUCUUGAUGCGGAUCGAAUCAUCCGCCAGGAUGGACAAGAGGUUGUCAGAAUCGUCAGGAACGCCGCGUCAAGGACUCCAGAAUCCCUCGAGGAAGAGUAAAAGACGCUCCAGUCGUAGGAGCAAUCCCCUGGAUACAGUACUGGAUACCUGGAACGGUCCUCAGAAUAAGCAGGAUGGCAGCCUGGUGUCGAAUGUCGAGUACCCGACGCAGAUGCUGUGGCAGUCGGCGAAUGUGCCGCAAAACGUGGCGGGUAAUGGACAACGUCUAUUCGCCGCGAUGUCCGAUCCGAGUGUCUGCGGCUAUUCACCGCUGCCGGUGACGUACACUAUGCAGCCCGUCUCACUGCCACCAAUGUAUAGGAUGUAUCAGCCGAUGCCGGUGCCGAACGUUAGAACUGUCCACAGUAGACGCAGACGUCACUGCAACGAGCAUUUGGCAAACGUUUGUCCUAAUGCCAAUAAUAAUGUUGUUAACGGAUAUAGUAGUCUGCAGGAAAAUGGAAGACUUGAGACUACUGUGUAUAUUGCUCAUCAAAAUGGAGACUACGCCAGUCUACCAUCCACCGCCAAUAAAGAUAGUGGCAUCAAUAGCGAUGAACUGAAUUCAGAACAAAGGAGAUAUUCAGAUCCUGGAUUGGGACCUCCUGAGAAUUCAUCUCAUUCAGACAAUUCUGAUGAUUCCGAUAGUAUCGAGAGUGGAAGUUCUGUAACAACAAUUAGCCGUAGUAAUAAGCUUGUCCUAUCACUCAUUGAACAGAUGACAGAACUAAAAAAAUGCAACAGUCAAUUGUUCAAAGAACUCAGUGAAACUAAAUCAAAUGUAGACAAUAUAAAAGCAAAAUUAGCACAAUGUAAACACAAUACUCCUACAGAUUAUCAACCUGGAAUGUUAUCAGGACUUAUAGGUGAAAUUAGAGAAGCUAAUAAAAAUUGUGAAGAAGGUUUAGUUACAAAAGUCAAGAUUAUAUUGGAAGAGAGAUAUCACCAACAAGCAAAAGAAGUGGAAGAGCUUAAGGACCAAUUGUCAAAGUUGACAAAAGAAAAGGAAGAAAGUGAUAAACGUGUCGCGAAACUGGAGGAGGAACUGGCAGCGUUGAAGCUGAGCGCGACCAACGAGGGCCGCGAGAUCGCAGCCUUCGAGGAGGAGACCCUGGCGCUGCGACGGGAGCUCCAGGAGGCGCGGGCGUCCAGGACCUUGGCCGAGAACCACGCGGCAAAGUGCGUAAACUUUGCGGUAUCCACAUCUGUCACGCGUGUAACUUUCGAUACGCCCUGUAUAACCAGCACCCCCGUGCGUACCGCUCUUUCCGACACUUGCUCCUUACCCCCCGUUUUCCCGCCCGCAAUCUCGUCGCACACUUCCUCCGUCCUACGUUCCCGUUCUGCGGAGGUAGCGGCUCUUUUGCUCGUCUCCGAAGAUGCGAAUUAUUGUCGAAACUCUGAAUCCAGAUCAGUGUCUCGCGAUCUCGCGCAAGACUUUUCACUGUUGGAGGACGAAAACGAGCGGUGUUCCGAGACCUCGACGCCCUGUCAAACCGCUCUGACUUGCUCGAAUGAAGACACCGUGAACGCGAUUGAAAUCGAAUCUCGGGACAGGAUCAGAAAUCAGAACUCAGGACUCGCUAAUAUCGCGACUCGUUUAGAUAUUUCGUCGAAGUUGAAGGAUUAUCCGGCGUCCUUCAAUCGAAAGGAAGCGUGUAUCGUUGAAAAAAGCGAUGGCAAAGUAAAAUUAAUUGAGGAGGAAACGAGACACUUGACGACUGACAGCUCAUUGUCGGAGGAACAAAUUGGCGAUCAACCUCGAGGGAAAUACGCGAACGCGGAGAUGACAUCGGUAAUGGAAAAGGAUGAAGCAAGAAUCCUCGCAUCGCCGAGCGUUCUCGAUGAGCAGAAAAAUUUACCAAGCGACACGACGAGCAAAGUGAAGAGCUCGAUUAAUCACCUGAGUUGGCAAAAAAUGUGCACGUUUCAUAAUCAACGAGGCAGCUUUAAGAAACCGCGACGGAGGAACGGCAACUUGAGGAGAUCAUUCAGCGAGACCGACAAGAAUCCGCGCCAGGACAUCAAGGUCGACACGAGUCCCCCGUGCUCCUCGAAAGAGACGAUCGGGGCCAGUAGUCGCGACACGAUGAGCGAGGAUGAAGAAGGUUGUUGCUCUCGCAACGACAAUCGCAUUAUCGAGGUGCCGGACGUCGCUGUGGUCAGUGGUGGCUCCAUCGUGCCGAAAAACCUCUGCUCGACAACCCCGAUCUCCAGAACCCAAAGAGCACCUUCACGUGCCACCUACACCACCGCCUAUAUCUAAGUUACGUACGCGCGGGGCCCCGGCAAAAAAAAAAAAAAAAAA